CCAUCUUGGUUUGAGAGAGAAGGAAGAGCAGAGCGAACCGUCCAUAUUACAGCUGCUUUGUCAGCACUUUUCACGGUGAUGGACCCUCCUGGUGGGGGAGACGAACGGCGGAGGCAGGCAGAGCGUCUUCGACGGGAGGAGGCAUACUAUCACUUCAUUAAUGAACUGAGUGAAGAGGAGUACCGCCUAAUGAGAGACAGCAACCUGCUGGGCACCCCGGGGGAGGUAACUGCAGAGGAGCUUCGGCAGCGUCUGGACGGAGCAAAAGAACGUGUGUCAUCGCAGCCCCGUACUGAGCAGCGCUUGCAGACUGCUGAGUCCGGAGAACAGCAGAGCAGUAGCAGCGAGGGAGAGGAGAGAGGAGCUGGAGGGAGACGAGGAACAGGAGGCACUGAGCCUGGAGCAGAAACUUCUAAUGGUGACUCACUACUAGAGUGGCUGAACACUUUCAGACGCACUGGUAAUGCCACUCGCAGCGGGCAGAGUGGCAACCAGACUUGGCGUGCUGUGAGUCGGACCAACCCUAAUAGUGGAGAGUUCCGUUUUAGCCUGGAGAUCAACAUCAACCAUGAUCAGCCGGAACCAGGGGAACAUAGUGACACUGUGGACACUGCAGAGCUGCCAGUGACGGCCCCAAACUCAAAUUCACCUUCUAUACGCACUGCUGCCACCUUCUCCAGCUCUCGCCCUUCAGCCACGCCCAGGCCAGCCCCGUACCCCUCCUCCCGCCCAGCUAUCAGUAGGAGGAUGCAGACCCGGCGUACACGCAGCAGCACUACUACACUUUCUAUGAGCCCCCCUGCACUCCCUCCACCAGUGGCCACCCCGACCACUACUGCUCAGAGGAGAGGGGCCACUUUGCACUCUUUAGUACCACCUCCCACUGUUCCCAACCCUCCUCUUGAUCAAGCAACACCUUUACAACAUCAGGCCCUGAAUGUAGAAGAAGAGCAGGGGCAUGAUGAUAUGUCUGCUUCUAUAGACUGUCCCCGGGUGUCACCCCAGUCUGGGUCACAGGACCCAGCAGUGGGACAUGAAUCACGUGGCAGUAGGACUCGAUCGCGUGGCCGUGCACGCAGGGCUGCAGCAGGGAGUGGGGUUUCGUCUCGCGUGUCAAGGCGAAGUCGUUCCCCUUUGCACAGAAUACCUGUUGUCAGUACCACUUCACCAUCUGGCAGUGGUGUCAGUGGCUCUACCACCCAUACUGUUGAGCCAGGCAAUGGCACAACCUCUGUGUCAGUGGAGACUGGGGAGGCUGUGUCAGAACCUGCUGUUCUGACGGAGCCAGCUGCAGAGACAGGAGAACGUGAGAGUGAAUCGCAUGUAAUAGGAGCUGGAAGUUCAGCGGUGCGGCGGCAUCCAACCAUCAUGUUGGACCUCCAGGUUAGAAGGAUUCGACCUGGUGAAAACCGUGAUCGGGACAGCAUUGCUAGCAGAACCAGAUCUCGUGCCCGGGUGGCUGAGAAUACUGUCACAUUCGAAAGUGACAGUGGUGGAUUUAGACGUACCAUCUCCCGCUCUGAGCGAGCUGGGAUCCGUACCUAUGUGAGCACUAUCCGGAUUCCACUAAGGCGCAUCAGUGAAACAGGCCUGGGGGAACCUAACUCCACCGCCCUACGCUCUAUCUUGCGCCAGAUCAUGACUGGAUUUGGGGAGCUUAGCUCCCUCAUGGAAACGGAGGCUGAUUCUGAAACUGUUGCACCUAGCCACGCUGAUGCCAGUGGUACAAAUAGUAACACCAGUCCAGCCAGUCGUCUACAUACAAGUGAGAGCAUACCUGGCCAUGUUGGUACAGGUGGGGUAGUUCAGGAGCGAAUGGGGCUGGUGGGAAGUGAGGAGGACCAGAGUGGGCAGGCCAGACUCGGAGGAGGAGUAGUGAGCACCACAGAUGGACGAGCCACCAGCAGAGACACCAACAACUUGGUAGAAAAUGGUACUCUGCCCAUCCUGCGGUUGGCACACUUCUUCUUGCUCAACGAUGAGGAGGAUGACGAACAUCCUAGGGGCCUGACCAAAGAGCAGAUUGACAAUCUAUCGACGCGUACCUAUGGUCAGGCCAACCUUGAGGGGGAGAUGGGCCGUGCAUGUAGUGUCUGCAUCAAUGAGUAUGCUCAAGGCAACAAGCUGCGCCGCCUGCCCUGCUCCCAUGAAUUCCACAUCCAUUGCAUUGACCGCUGGCUCUCUGAAAACAACACCUGCCCUAUCUGCAGGCAGCCUAUACUUGCAGUGCAUCAUGACUGACCUAUUUGCUCAUAAACACGACUGUCAUGCUCCUAGCUGGCUGAACUGAGCAGAUCCAAGUUGGCUUUGCAUGUACAUAACGCUUUCAUGGUUUAAUUUCUUUGAGAAUAUCCAUUGUGCUGAAGAAGGUUGAACCAAACGUGUGGAAAACAGAAACUAUAAAUGCAGAGAAUUAACAAAACUUUAUUUUUUUAGACUCAUUUUUUUUUUCUGCUACUCAUUUUUUUUUUUUUUUUCUUCCUGUGACCUUGUUCACUGGUCUCUAUCAUAAAGCUUCAGAGGCCCAUGUCAAUAGAUGGCAUUAAUGCUUAAGGAGCUCCUGUAGCUGCUGCUGAAUAGUCUCACUUUAACUCUUUGAUGUCUGAUACACGUGACGUCUCUUUGUCACAACUGGACUUUGAAAUUCACUGCUAGACUUGAUUUAAUCAAUAUAAGCUGUAAAUAACUCACCACUGCUUGUAUUUUGAAGGUUUUGAAGCAAGACGCUCCUCACAUGCCAUCUGUUACGAAUGGAAGCAGGAAGACUUCAGUUUUUUUUUUCUAAUGUUCACCAUUUUAAAGCUUUGACAUCCAUUUUAAAGUGUCCCUUUACAGUUGGCUAGGAAAUGUAUGAUUUAUUGGGAUGUGUAUGAGCUAUGUAUUUAAUUUUGAGAUAAGUUUUAUUCUGUACGUCUAGUAGUAUUUGUUUAAGCCCUUAAAUUCCAUGUAAUUGCAAUAUAGAAUUCAUCCAUUAAAGUCACCCGUUAAAAUCAGCCACUUUGAAAUCAUUAACAUUAGCCAUAUAAGCAGCACAAUUCAAAUGAAAUGCAGACGGCAUGUGAUAAUCAGGAAUCGAGACUUGUUAGUAUGAGUUGUGCAAUAUGGAGAGGAAAGACAGUAUUGUUUGUUUUGCUGUUCAUUGUUGUUUACAUUGUCAUGCCUGAUUAUCAUCUCCAGUUAAAGUCUUGUUAACUCUGAAACCAACGUUUCCUCUCGGUUUCUGUUUCGGAUUCGUGCCUGACAUAAGCUGUGUCAUGAAGUCGCAUCAUGUAGUGGAGUGAAGAUUUGGAACAUGUUUUUGUUUUUAAACCAGAGAAGUUGAUUUUUAGUUUUUAUAGUUUUACAGUUAACUCAGAAAUCCUUAUUCAUGAGAUAAGUGCAGGAACAUUGAUGGUGUUUGUAUCACCUGCUUCAGCUCUGACUUAAACAUUUUCCAAAAGUUUGAUGAGAAUCUACUAACACAUUUCUUCUUGAUUAGAUCUGUCUCAGUGCAAUGGUUGAAAUCUAUUUCAGUGCAACUCCUGAAUAAGGCAGUGUUGGUAGUAUGAUAUUCCUGUAUCCUCUUUAUGGUUUGUUUUUACAUAACAUGCACAGAUAUCGCAUUUCUAGUGUAGAACAGGUGGAUUAUUUAGCUAAAACCACCUAGUUAGUGUGUUUCCACCAGAGUCACUUUUUCCAUCUACAAUUACAAUACACAGGAGCUACGACAUCUCUGCAGUUAACGUGUCGCAAACAAAACUGCAGGAUGGAUGCAGUAUAGUGCGUAAGAAUGUGUGAGAAUGUGGUGAAGUAUGUCUGGUUUAAUUGUAUGUGUGUGUGUGGGGGGGGGGAAGGAAAGGUCCAGUGUCCCAAUAAACCCUGGUUCUCAGAAAGCUUUUGUUCAAUGAAUGUCCACCUUGCAGAGGGUUGUGGGCAAACAGUUGAGACGUGAAUAUUUAUUCUAGUCCUAUUUAAUAAGAUGGAAAUCCACCUUUGAAAUAUGAAAUGUGUUAUGUUAAAAUGUGAUGAGAGUAAUUAAAAGUUCUGAUGACUAUGUUACUAUGUAAUAAAAUGACGACAUGG